UAGCAAGAAUAAAAACAGAGUCGAGUGGAGCUGAAUAAUGAAGAUAAUAAGUGUACAAUCGUUAUAAGACGUGGUUUUCGUGCGACCCAUACCACAACUCACUCAUCCGCAGCAUUCUUUCUAAGUUAUGAGACUAAUUCUCUUUCUCCUGAUUGGCAGCUGGGUAGCAACAUCAAGCCAUGCCUGGCUAGACUUUUCAGGUUCCCGGGUUCGCCACUCGUCAUCCCAUGAUAACCACCAUACAUCACACAAACAUCACGGAGGUUCAUCUUCCACUGGACAUCAUCAUGGAUCCCACUCGCAUCCACAUGGGAAUGAGGAGAAUUCUUCAAAUCAACCAGAAAAAUUAAAGACAUCUGACAACUCUAAAGACUCGAAAGUGCACAAUUGCCGCGGGGCUUCUCCACCUAAAAGUGAACAAAGCUCCACGUCUCCUAAACAUGACCAUCAUCAUCACCAUCAUCAUCAUAAGGCAAAAGAAUCACCUGCUGACAAUCACAAAGGCAAACUUGAAUCAGGACAAGGUAAAGCCGAGAAGAAAUGGGGCAAGCAUACCCAAGGCAACAAACAUACAAAUCCCAACAGUGCUAAAGAUAAGGAACGAAAAAGUUACAAAGAAAAUACCCUCCAUCCUACAGACUGGCAUACAUCUCAGGGUCAUUACCAUCGAGCUGAUGAGCACGGUAAUCAAUUCAGAUCGACUUCAUACAGAGGAAAUAACCGCCUUCAUCAUCCUCAUUAUUUACAAGAUGGUGAUGAGCAUAAACAUCCAGAUCCCAGUGAUGAUGAUGCGUCUGGAGUACAUGAUCCUCACCAUUCCUACCACCGCCGCCACCACCACCAUCAUCACCAUAAACACCAUGGCAGCUCUGAACACGGCGGUCAUCAACCCUUUCUCUACGGCCACGAACACCUUGACUUCUGGCACAGCUCUAAGGAACUGCCUAUUCAGCUUUGUCCAAUGCACUACACAAGCAUUGGGCAUCGUUGCAUUGCCAUUUUCUCAAUCGGCCAGACAUCAUGGUGGGGGGCCAAUAGUUUCUGUGAGAGCAUCUACGGCGAACUUCUUUUUUUCAAGAACAUUCAAGAAUACUUAGAAUUUUUAGAAUUCUUGCAAAAUUCAGAUCUGAACUUGGAUUUGUGGGUUGGUGGUAAAACAGACGGGAGAUCUUGGAGGUGGAUCGACGGGUCCCAAAUGCCUAUGGGGUCACCGUAUUGGGCGAUCAGUGGUUAUUCAGCAACGGGACCAACGGCUUUACGUGACUUCCGAACCACGUCGAGAGUGAACUUCGAUCACCAGAAAUACACAUCUCUCACUCCUCAAUGGAAUGGCCGAGAAUCGAACCCGCGACCACUGAGGACUAGUCAUUUUCCCAGUUGGAGAACUAAUGAAGAACAUUACUAUCAAACUCCUUCGAAAAUCGUUACUCCUCAUGCUGGACUGUACCAAUCAAAGUGUGCCUCUAUGUCUUCCAAGUACUAUUACUACAUGAGUGACGAAAACUGCGACGACAGGAGAAGCCCAGUGUGCGUUCUUAAGAAUGACGCUGAAAUUGUGGUGUUGAAGCAGUGGGCAGUGAACGGCAACAUCCCGGUAACCAGUUCUCCAAAUUCAGACGAAUCCACUGAAGAAGAAGAAGAAGAAGAUGAAUCCUCUGAAGAAGAAGGAGAAGAAGAAGAAGAUGAAUCCUCUGAAGAAGAAGGAGAAGAAGAAGAAGAAGAAGAAGAGAAGAUGAUGAUGAAUCCUCUGAAGAAGAAGAUGAUGAAUCCUCUGAAGAAGAUGAUGAAUCCUCUGAAGAAGAAGAUGAUGAAUCCUCUGAGGAGGAUGAAUCCACUGAAGAAGACGAAGAUGAAUCUACUAAAGAAGAAGAAGAAAAACAAGAAGAAGAGGAAGACGAAGAAGAAGAAGAAGAUGAAGAUGAUGAUAAAUCCUCUGAAGAAGAUGAAUCCACUAAAGAAGACGAAAAUGAAUCUACAGAAGAAGAAGAAAAAGAAGAGGAGGAACGCACUGAGGAAGAAGAGGAACAACCCACUGAGGAAGGAGGAGAGGAACCCACUGAAGAAGAUAAAGAAGCGGAGGGCUCUGGUGACGAUGACGAUGAGGACAGCGAGGAUUCUGAAAAGAAUCAAAGCAAAAAAUCUGGUGAAGGAUCGGGCCACGUUGGAUGGCUUGAUGGGUUCGCCUUUGACUGAAGAAGAGGAUGAUUGAUUUUAGAAUAUUUUUCUUUGACUCAUUUUAUUAUGUAAGCCCAUUAUAUCCUCCUUCUUAGUUUCUGAAAAUAAUUGGUACUUUUAACACCUCGUUCAGUUUAUUCUCACUUUUCCCCUGGCUUUAAAUUAAAUGGAUUGGCAUAAAUAAAUUGCAACAAUAAAUUGCAACCAAUAUUACCUUCUCAUUAACUAAGUAUGCAUCAUAUUCUAAAUGUCUGCUAUCUGAUUUGUAUAUAGAUCAUUUCCGGAGACAACUCGAAAGCAAUUUCAUUAGAUGAAAGCAGUUGUUUUGAUAAAUGUUGUCCCUAAACCUAGUGUUAUUCACCACUUGGUUUUUUUUUUUUUAGCCAUUGUGUCCUCAUGGGCAGUUGCCUUUGUUCUUUUUUUCCAUUCGUCUCAAAAUAUUGGCAAUCUAUGAAAGCUAAAACUGCCUUAGUGCUAUUCUUGGAAAAAGCGGUACCUAUUCUUAUUUAUUUUCUGAAAUUAUGAGUCAGUGUUAUAUUAAUUGCCUUUUUACCACGAGGAUACAUUUUUGUGUUUCUCAUGUUAUUUAGUAUUUGAGCUGUAUGACAGAGAAUGGCUUGAUAAAAACAAAACCUAU